UGACGCCGGUGCAGAAGAUGGAGUCCGUAAAUCCUGUGGGCUGCCGUGGUUCUGGAGCCGUCUAAUUCAGAGCCGUGUCGGGGGGUCCUUUCGUCCGGCAGAUGGAUUACCGUCGGGAUCCGGCAGUCCACCGCUGCCCGCCUCUCUCCUGAUCCCGGAGCUGAACCCCCAACUUCAUGUCCGACGAAGCCAGAGCUGCCUGGUCGAAGAGGGGUUGUGGGGAUUCGCACCGCCGAGAACCAGGGAAACAUAAACACAGGAAAUGCGAGCGGCCUGUUAGCGCUCAGCCGUCACAGCCUGCGAUCGUUCGGCUGGGCUCCAAAAGGUGUGUUAUGUCGGGGGGAGAUGUGGAGGUGUACCUGUCCCAGGUGCAUGAUGGGAGCGUGUCGUCGGGUUUCCGUGCUCUGUAUGAGGAGCGUCUGCUGCUGGACGUCACGCUGCUGAUAGAGGAGCAUCACUUCCAGGCCCACAAGGCGCUGCUGGCCACGCAGAGCGACUACUUCCGGGUUAUGUUCACGGCCGACAUGCGGGAGCGGGACCAGGAUAAGAUCCACAUGAAGGGGCUGACGGCCGCCGGCUUCGGCCACAUCCUGCGCUUCAUGUACUACGGCUCCCUGGAGCUCAGCAUGCCCACCGUGCAGGAGAUCCUGCAGGCGGCCAUGUACGUCCAGCUGACGGAGGCGGUGGAGUUCUGCUGCUCCUUCCUGCUGGCUAAGAUCUGCCUGGAGAACUGCGCCGAGGUCAUGCGCCUCCUGGAGGACUUCAGCGUCGGCGUGGAGGGCGUCCAGGAGCAACUCGACAACUUCCUCCUCGACAACUUCGUCCCUCUGAUGAGCCGAGCCGACUUCCUGUCCUACCUCAGUCUGGAGAGACUCCAGGCCUACCUGAACAGCGACGCUCUGAGCCGCUACCCGGAGAUCGAGCUGUACGAAGCCGUCCAGGCGUGGCUGAGACACGACCGGCGGCGCUGGAGGCACACCGACACCAUUGUGCAGUCCAUCCGCUUCUGCCUCAUGACGCCGGCGGACAUCUUUGAGAAGGUGAAAACGUCGGAGUUCUACCGGUACUCCAGGCAGCUGAGACAGGAAGUGGAUCAGGCGCUCGGAUAUUUCCACGAUGUCAACCAGCAGCCGCUGUUGGAGACGCGCUCCAACCGCAUUCGCUCCGUCCGGCCGCAGACCGCCGUAUUCAGGGGAAUGAUCGGCCACAGCAUGGUGAACAGCAAGAUCCUGCUGCUGCAGCGGCCAAAGGUGUGGUGGGAGCGAGGGCCUCAGGUGCCGCUCCGACCCGACUGCCUGGCCAUCGUCAACAACUUCGCCUUCCUGCUGGGCGGCGAGGAGCUGGGCCCCGACGGCGAGUUUCACGCCUCCUCCAAGGUUUAUCGCUACGACCCGCGGCAGAACUCGUGGCUGCGCAUGGCGGACAUGUCUGUUCCCAGGUCAGAGUUCGCGGUGGGAGUCAUCGGGAAGUUCAUCUACGCCGUGGCGGGCCGAACCCGAGACGAGACCUUCUACUCCACGGAGCGCUAUGACAUCACGGAGGACCGCUGGGAGUUCGUGGAUCCGUAUCCCGUCAACAAGUACGGCCACGAGGGAACCGUCCUGAACGGGAAGCUCUACAUCACCGGCGGCAUCACGUCCUCCUCCACCUCCAAGCAGGUGUGUGUGUUCGACCCGGGCCGGGAGGCCGGCGGCGGCGGCGGCGGGUCGGGCGGGUCGGACUCCCACAGGACGCGCUCGGCCCGCGGCCCGCUGCUGCCCGGAACCCACGCCAGCUGCUGGGAGAACAAGUCCAAAAUGAACUACGCUCGCUGCUUCCACAAGAUGAUCUCCCACAACGGGAAGCUGUACGUGUUCGGCGGCGUGUGCGUGAUCCUGCGGGCCUCCUUCGAGUCGCAGGGCUGCCCGUCCACCGAGGUGUACGACCCGGAAACGGACGAGUGGACCAUCCUGGCCUCCAUGCCCAUCGGCCGCAGCGGCCACGGCGUGGCGGUGCUGGACCGGCAGAUCAUGGUGCUGGGCGGCCUGUGCUACAACGGCCACUACAGUGACUCCAUCCUCACCUUUGACCCGGACGAGAACAAGUGGAAGGAGGACGAUCCCAGGAUGCCUUGCAAACUGGACGGCCUGCAGGUGUGCAGCCUGCACUUCCCAGAGUACGUGCUGGAGCACGUCCGGCGCUGCAGCUGAGGUCCGCUUCACGUUUUGUACCGACGGACUGGCCGCCUGGCGCGGGAACCAGGCGUCUCCGGGCGGGUCGACCCGGCGGCCAGCGCUUACCGACAGGUGAGGCGCCGGGCGGCUCGGGCGUUUUCACAGUUACCCUUUCUCAGAAAAUUAAAGGAAAAAGUGAUGUCAGGAAACAAAAAGGUUCCAUUCAUUUACGUUUGGACUGGAGAGACGCACUGGAAGCAUCAGAGCCUGGUUCUGGUUCUGGUUCUGGUUCUGGUUCUGGUCCUGGUUCUGGUUCUGGUUCUGGUCCUGGUUCUGGUUCUGGUUCUGGUCCUGGUCCUGGUCCUGGUCCUGGUCCUGGUUCUGGUCCUGGUUCUGGUUCUGGUUCCUCCUGAACACCUUUCAAGCUUAGCUGAAAUACUUUAAACCCAGCAAAACGAAUCAGAUAUUCAACACGAUACUCCGUAGCGUCGCUGAACUCGGUGGUUUCGGACGUCUGGUCCCAGUUUGGCUUCCAGUGCGUUCCAGUUUUCAGUCCCAGUUUCCCACCGAGCCACAAACACGUUCAUCCCUCGCCGCGUCUCUGCUCCCCGCCGCCGCACUGAGGAAACCGCGGCAUCAGAUUUAGGAUUUGCGCUGCGGCCCGUUUGGUUUUGUUUACAUUCCUGCACUUUAUCGGUUCUCAAUGUGAGUGUAAAUAGUUUCCUGCUCUGGAGGAGAGAAACUGACCCGGUUUGACCCGAGAUCUGGGCUUUUUGGGGGCAUUUCAACAAAUCUGGACCUCAUUCAAGAACAUUUGGACGUUUAUUUCCCACCUGAUUGUUGAUGGGAAUAAAAACGUUUUAAUCUGGGGAUGGAAUCUGUGACUAGUGGAGAUUAUCAUCUCACAUCCUCAUAAUGUUAGUUCGAUGGCCACGAAUGACUGCUGCUACUUAAAUAUCCAUAAUGUGUCAAAAGAAGCCUUAAAAGGAAAGAGCUUGGAAAUAAAUUCAGGAGCAAAAUGUCAUUAGAACCAGAGAUUCUGGUUAAAACAAGAUAAAAUAAGAAACUUCCUAGAAUGUAAAUCAAGAAAACUUUUAUAAAU